UCUGUGUCAGACUUCAUGGCCGCAGAGGAGAACGAGUGCGUGUCCCGGCAGGACUCUGAGCUCAUGAGGUCAUGGGAGCUGGAAGCCAUUCUGACCAAUCGCAUGCUGCGCUUCGUGUUGCGCUUAGAGCAGCAGUUCGUUUGCCCGUCCUGCGGCGGGAUCGUCCUGAACCCUCACCAGACGGGCUGCGGGCACAUCUUCUGCGCUCGGUGUGUGAGGGCAUACAUUGAAAAUGGAGGAAGUUCGAAAUGUCCUUUAGACAGCAUCCCUAUAAAAUCAGAAGAGAUUUUUCAAGACAACUGCUGUAAAAGAGAACUGCUAAACUUAGAGGUCUACUGUACCAACGCACCAGACUGCGCACAGAGGAUUACUUUAUGCAACCUUCAGGGUCAUCUGAAGGCUUGCCAGUAUGAGCGGCUUAGAUGUUCCAACUCCGGGUGCAACGACACCGUGUUACGCAAAAACCUGCUGGACCAUCAGAGGAAGGUCUGCUCCUUCCGGCUGGAGUCCUGCCACCACUGCAGACAGCCGUUCCUCGCAUCUCACCUGCAGGCCCAUCAGAAGACCUCAUGCCCUGAAAUCCAAGACCCAUGUCCCAACAAGUGUCCUCAGAUGAUCAGAAGACACAAGCUGCAAGCUCAUGCUGACGAGUGUCUUGAAGUGGAGACUGACUGCAUUUAUAAAAACUAUGGCUGCACAUUCAGAGAUAAAAGAGGGAAAGUGCAAGUUCAUGAAAACACAGAGUUCAGUUCCCAUGUUCGGCUGGUUCUGGAAAGUAACACCAAACUUGUGACACAGGUGGAGCAGCUGCAGCAGGAUAUGUUAGUCCAGCAGGGGGCGCUGAAGGACAAAAGUUUUGUGGUCAGCAAUCUGGACCGGGACAUCACCUUGUGUGACAGCACACUUACUACCUUACAGAGGUCUGUGGAGGAGCAGCGAGUGCGGAUCUGCAGCGUUCAGCGUGAACUGAGGGAUCUGCGGGGCGUUCUGGGCUCUGAACUGAGCGAAGAGCUCCCGAGCCUUCGGGCAUCGCUGGACUCCCUCAGACAGCAGGUGGCCGUCACUGAAAGCCUCAGGGAACACCUCGGUGCGUUAGAGCAGACGUGUCAGCGUCAUACCCGCUUGUUAGACAUCCACGUGGAGCAGCUACAGUGUAAUGAGCAGCGUUUCCACCAGCUCGAAUCCACUUCCUACGACGGGAAGCUCAUCUGGAAAGUGCGUGACUACUGCCACCGGAAAGAGGCCGGCACCCCGCUCAACUCAACCCCCUUCUACACCAGUCAUAGCGGCUACAAGCUCAGUGUGCGGGCUUACCUCGGCGGGGACAGCUCAGGGAGAGGCACUCACCUGUCGCUCUACAUCACGAUAAUGCGCGGAGACUUCGACUCGCUCUUACCAUGGCCUUUCAGACAGAACAUAACGUUAACACUGCUGGACCAAAGCGGCUCGAGGAACCACCAGAGCAAUACUUUCACCCCUGAUACCAAUAGCGAUAGCUUUCAUCGGCCAACAUCUGAUGCUAAUGUAGCGACAGGGUUCCCAAGAUUCAUAUCCCACGGCGACCUGGAGGCCCCUCGAAAUGCCGUUUAUGUGAGAGACGACACGCUGUUCGUCAAAGUGAAGGUGGACACAACUGGAUUAGAGGACUUGUAGCUCUACAAGCAUGAAUUUUGACUUUAAAGAAACAAGUGUCCAGGAUUCACUGGAGUGUCAUUUGAAGACGUUUGUUGUAGUUGCACUGAUUAUUAUGUUUACAUGCACAGAUUUUCAUUCAUGAAUGAGUUCAAACCAGCUGAAGGUGUUGAAUGUACUACACUUAUGUGUUAUGAAAAUAUCAGUUUGGAUGUGAACGAACAAAAUUCUGCACAUGAGAACAGUGUCAGUCCCAAAACAUAACCGUUUCUGCAAUUACAGCACUGUAUGAUGGCUACUGGUUAUUUCCAGCUAAGGUCCAUGUCUGCUUAAUGGUCUUGAUCUUGUCCGAGUGAGUGGUGCUGAUCGUAGCAUACUUGUCUGCAACCUGUUGGCUUAUUUAGACCUGGGUUCGAUUCUGGCCUGGGUCAUGUUUUAAUGUUUUUUAAUCUAUCCCCAUCUCUCUCUCCCCUGCUUUCCUGUCUACAACUUAGUCAAUAAAAAAAUCGCUUCAAAUAGUGUGUCUUGACGCCUGAUCGUUGCUAUAUUCAGUGUUUGUCG